UACGCACACAUUACUGUUGAUGUUUACUCCAGGUUUAUUCCACGUCAAACUUCACGCAAUUUGUUUUCUGUAUGGUUGUCGGCUAAAUUCACAACCGAAAUUUUGUUAGUAAUUUUCUAGUCAUAAUUUGUUUUGAACUGCGAACAAAUUGGAAGGAAAUUGAUUAACAUGGCGGUCCCAACUUCUGUAUCACUGGUAUUGGCCUCGGUCACUGCCGUGCUAAUAUUCUCGGCCAUGCAGAUCUACAGGCCCCUGAUUGCAUCCUCCCAGUUAGCUACAAUUUUUGGAGGCUAUCUUGGCUCGUGGCUUUUCAUUCUAUCGCUGACGGCGGUUUCUAACUUGGAAGCGGUUGUUCUCGGAAAAGGUUUCCAAGCCAAGCUGUUUCCGGAGGUGGCUUUCUGUCUGAUUGGAUCUCUAUUUGCCUGUGGAAUGGUUCAUCGGGUCUGUGCCACCACCUGUGUUCUGUUCUCAGUCGUUGCUCUCUAUUACAUCAACAAAAUAUCUCAGAAAGUGCAUAAUGCACCAAUUCCCGUGGACACGUAUGCCGGAAAGAAAAAGAAGAAGUAAACUUUCGAUUUAUCAUACACAUCUAACGUGUUUAGAGUUAAAGAUAAUAUAGAUAGUGGUAAACUUGAAUCAUAACAAGCGCAGAACGAAUAAAAAUCGAAAAUCAAAGCAUGUAAGGAACGCUGGAGUAUCAACAACAA